AUGUCCAUGGGCGACAGCCAAGACACUCACUACGGGUCCCAACUUCCCAGCGACUCCAUCAACCCUCUCAGCCACACGCCCUCCGUUCUGCGCCAGCUCCGCCUUGCCGGUCUGGCGGAGACGGACCAGCCUCCCUCGCGGAUGCAGCCCAGGUUCCCGCACCGCGCGUGGCAGGACCCGGAUGCGCCGAGCCGACGGGGACCCAUCGCCACUGCCAAAGACCUGGAAAGCAGCGACGUGAACGAAGAUGGCGGUCAGGAUGAGGGGGAAGACUCGGACGAUGAUGAUGGAAAGCGGAGAAGGAGGAAGAGGGAUGGGGAACCCAAGGCCAAGUACGCCUCCGAGAAGUCGCCGUUCCGGCCCUUGGUCCGCGCCAUCUACGGGUUCCUCGACAAUGGUGACGUGUCAAACGCCAAGCGCGCCUUUGGCAUUCUCGUGAGGUCCCACGUCCACGGGAAGCCGGUCGACAUCAGGCGGAACAGCUACUGGGCCCUCGGCGCCGAGAUCCUCAUGCGCGAGGGCGGCGGCCCGCUCACCGACGCCGCAAACGACGGGCCAGAAGGAGGGAAAGCAUACCCUGCGUCGAACGUUCCCCGUGUGCGCGAGUACUUCCAGGACCUCAUUCAGCGCUACCCGUACAACUUCAAGUACCGCGGCGCCGUCUCGGCCGUCGACUUCUGGCCCGCGCUGCUGAGCUACGAGGUGUUCCAGAUACACACGCAGCACGCAUCGUAUCUGCGGCGGUCGGAGCGCGAAGCCGAGGACUGGGAGGACGACUCUUGGCAGGAGCCCUCGUCGCUCGGCGACGGCAUGAUGAUGGACGACGCCGACUUCAAGGCGCCCGUCUGGCAGCCUGAUGCGCGGGACCGACGGCAGCGCCAGGCGAGGGACCAGAUCCGCCUGCGGACGCUGGAUGCGAUGCGCGAGGUGGCGGGCCGCAUGGACGACUUGCUCGAGGACCGGCCGUUUUCACAUAACCACGAGCUGCUGCGGUUACGGGGGAUGGUGUCGUUGUACAUUGGUGACUUGCUCAUCCCGGCAUACACGGACACGGAGGGUCAGAUGGCCGAGGCGAGGAUACGGCGUGAUGCCGAGAGGAACAACGCGCGCAGCAGCUUUCAGAGGAUGGUGGAGCACGGCGGAAAGCCCGAUGUGUUUAUUCAGGAUAUGCUCGCACCCGCCGGACACGACGACGGCCCCAUCUUGCCAGUUUUCUCGUCGCUUCCCAUCCGAGAGUACCGCACGGCUAUCUAG